CAGGAGACAGUUUUCUCCUCCGCACUUCACUUCAUCAGACACUCUGGACGCUCAUCUGUGAGGCAGUGAGAUGACAGGACAUUUUACUCUGCAUUGACCUGAAUAUGGAAGGAAUACUUCUAAAGAUUAUUUUACUGUUUGCGGUAACUGUCACCGGAGAGCCUCCUGCCAUGUACCAGGCUCAGCCGAUAAAGGCAGCAGAAGGUGAUGAUGUGACUCUUCAGUGUCGUCUGGAUCCUCCCGUCAACCUGUCUGCUUUCACUGUGGACUGGACGAGACUUGACAACAAGGAUAUCGUCCACGUCUAUCGACAUCAACAGGACGAUCCUGAUCCACAGACGGAUCAAUACAGAGGCAGGACGACUCUCCUCCAUGAAGACCUGAUCAGAGGAGUCCUGACUCUGCACAUCUCCUCAGUGAAGCUGUCUGACAGAGGACUUUACAAAGGCUUUGUCCCAAAGCUGAAGACCAGCUGUGUUGUUGACCUCAUUGUUGAAACGGUGGGAAAAGACCAGCAGAACGAGACAAAGAGAGAUGAUUCCAGCACAACUGGAUCUCCAGAGGAAGAAGAGACCGAGCCAGACGGUCGUGGUGGUGGAAACAAGAUCGCUGGUCGUGCUGGGAUCAUUUCCUCCGUCAUUCUCUGCGUUGUUGUUGUUGUUCUGCUUCUGAGGAAGAACGGAACGAUCCGUAAGUUACAACAUUUCAUAUCAAUGGUGUUUCAGGGUUUAACACAACAAACACAAAAUAACCGAUCAAGGCAGCUGGAGACAAGGGAGGAAAAAUUUAAAUUUUUCUCAAGGGGGUCUGGUUGCUUUGACGAGAGCGAUAUAGUGACUGUUUCUAGUUAACCGAAAACUGUCUAUCUCUUUAGGUGCACUGUGUUCUAAUUGGCUUUUUGCUAUGAUUGCAGCUUAAAACCACAUUUAUUCAGGCUGAGAUGUGAAAGGUGUAUUUAUUUCCUCUGCAGUUAACAUCUUCUUCCUUUAACAAGUGUCACAAACUGCUUUUCUUUCUCUCCGAGUGUAUGAGGACGCUCGGAGGAAGGAGGGAGCAAAAACCAGAGACAAACAAAAUAUGAAUAAAAAACCAAAGUUUUCAAAUAUUCAGGUCAAAUAUUUAUACAGGAGAACAUCAAUCAACUUCUAUACAUCGAUAAAAUAAACAGUCCAGACUCCUGGGCCCAAAUAUGCAAAAUAAUAUUCUACCUGUGAAACAUUAGCAUCAGUUGACAUUGUCAUUGUAAGUGUGUUAGCAUGCUGUUAGCAUUUAAUGUUGGGUGUUCCUAAUAAACUGGCAACUGUGUAGAGUGUAGAAGCCCUCUUGCUCCAGAGCAGCGUUCAGUUUUUAUUCUCCAUUUAUCUGGAACAAACUCCCAGAAAACUGCAGGUCUGCCUAAACUCUCAGUUCUUUUA